UGUUGUAAUGUGCGGCGGAAAACGCGCGAACCGUCAAAAAUAAUAUUUUUUACAGCUGUGUAUCUUCUUUUAAAGGUAAAAAUGGAAUCAACAGAUCUUGACAUGGGUGAAAUUUUUGAUGAUGAUGAUAUAGAUGAAGAUGUCGGAGCAUCGAGGGUUCUGCCUGACCUUCCCGAGGCAACCCAAACUCAAGAAAAUGAUGAAGAAGAGAAUGCAGAAGUGUUGGCAAGGUUGAAAGAUCUGUCUAAAGGUGCAGCUAAGAAGGUUGUGAGGAAACCUCAGCCAAAGUUAGACCCAACAAGGCUGACUGGAGAUAGGGGAAUACCCAUUUUACCAAAUUUGUUUAAAAAUGUUAAAUUCAAAGGAAAAGGAUAUGAAUCACAUGAUCUUGCAUUGUUGAUGCGUCAGAUGGAGCAUUGGGCACAUCGUUUAUUUCCUAAGAUGCCAUUUGAUGAGGUGAUAGAGCGGGUAGAGAAGCUAGGCAGUAAAAAGGAGGUUCAGACAUGUAUUAAGAAAAUGCGUUUGGAUAUGCCGAUACUGGAUAAUGAUUUUGUUGGGUCGGACCAGGAGGAUGGUGUGAGACGUGGGGAGGAGCCGGAGGAGGAUGGUGUGAGACGUGGGGAGGAGCCUGAGAACAAUGUACAGGAAGAAGUAAGAGGAGAGGACAUGUGGGAUGAGUUACUGAGAGAAGAAGCUGAGUUGAGUGCCUCCCAGGUGGAGCCAGAACCCAGCUCUGGUGUACAGGCAACUGCUUCACAAAGAGAUGACAGAGCAUCUGUUACACCUGCUACUCCAGUACAGACAGGAAGACACACAACUGAUGGGAUCACCCCAGAACAGCUGGAGAGGAUAGAGAGGAACAAGCAGUUGGCAAUGGAGAGACGGCUGAAGAAAAUGGGUCACCUUACUCCAGGGUCCAAAGCAGUGCAUUCCCUAACACCAACAAAGACCAGAACACCUAGCAGUCCAACGCAAACAAAACCUAACCAGAACAAUGUUGAUGCCUCACAAGAUGAUAAUGAAGGUUUUAGUCAGAAGCUAGGGGCAAAUCUAGAAAAUAGCAGUGAAAAAGCUGGAUCUGCUUCUCAAAAUACCAGCAAAGAUACUAACAGUGAAAAAUUUACUGAUAUGGAUAGCGAGAUGUCAGAAGUUGUUGAGAAAGGUCCAAGUCAGAAUAUAACUGUGGCUGAAAAUCCCAAAGAAAAUGCACAACAUUGGCACACAGGGCCGGCUGGUCAGUCUGAUACUGGAAUUAAAUUUGGUUCUGAGUCAGAAACCAUGGACACUGAAACUGGUGAAACAGUUGGUAAAGGUAGUCAUUCUGAAGAAAUGUCUGAAGUCAUUGAAAAUCAGGAUGUUCAGAACUGUUUACAAACUGAAAGUGAAAGUACUGUAGACACUCAAAUGUCUGAAGUCAUUGAACCUUUAGGAAGUGAGAAAAUUAUCUUGAAGGAGAAGCCGAACAAUAUUGCAAGUGGAUACACAGAAAUUAAACAAAGUGAGAACAAAAACGUGGAAUUGCCAGAUAUAAAACAGAAUACAGAUGUUAAACAUGGUAAAGAAAAUGUGUUGAGUAACAAGGUAGAUAUGAAAGGUGAUCAUUGUAAUGCUGAGGUAGAUGUUGACGACUUUGAUGAUGAACUAACAGAAGAUCAGUUAAUGGAUACUUUAGAAAAUUAAGAAGAAGUUUUGUUAGUUUUAAAGUAUCAUACAAAUUAUUGUAUUUUUAUUAUUUUAAUAGUGUAAAAUGUACAAUGUCAUGCUUAUUAUACCCCCACCAAACAUGUUUGAGGGGGGUAUAUAGGAGUCAGUUUUGUCGCGUCCCGUCGCGUCCCGAAAUCUAUUAUCUCAGUUAUUACCAAAUGGAUUUGAUUCAAACUUAAAAUACAUGUUCCACCUUAUCACCCACAUCAUGUGACACAAGGUGCAUAACUCUUGACACCAAGUUUUCAUGAAUUAUGUCCCCUUUUACUUAGAAUUUAAGGUUAAUUUUGUUGUAUUUUCACUAUAUCUCAGUUAUUACUAAAUGGAUUUGAUUCAAACUUAAAAUAGAUGUUCCACCUCAUCACCCACAUCAUGUUACAUAAGGUGCAUAACUCUGACACCAUUUUUUUAUGAAUUAUGCCCCUUUUUACUUAGAAUUUAAGGUUGAUUUUGAUGUAUUUUCACUUUAUCUCAGUUGCUACUGAAUGGAUUUGAUUCAAACUUAAAAUAGAUGUUCCACCUCAUCACCCACAUCAUGUGCCCACAUCAUGUGACACAAGGUGCAUAACUCUGACACCAGGUUUUCAUGAAU